CCUGUCGAUUUUUAUCUGACAGGGAAUAUAAGACGACAUUCUCCGAGGAUCAGCCUUUGCAACAUCUUUCGAAUUGUAAGGAUGUGGUUUGGGAUUUUACUUCUUGUUUUCAAUGUCUUCCCAUCCAGAGGGUCUGAUGCCGCAACAGUGAAUCAGCUUUGUUUCAAAGAAUCUCCUUAUGCUCACAAAGUGCGAAUCAGCCUGAAUGCAGCCCUUGGAGACGAGGCAUAUGAAUGGGAUGAAAACGAACAAUUCUACUUUCAAGCAACCAUGGCCUAUGGCAUGAGAAAAUCAAUGAACAAAACAUUCAAUGUCUCUGAUGUGCACAUAUGCCAAGAAACGAGCAGGAUCUCAUUCUACUUUGUGGUGACAAAUGAAACCUUACAACCAGUGUCCAAGUCUGAUGUGGAAAAGGCAAUCAGAAUGGUCAGAUCUCGGUUCAACAACGCCUUUUCCCUGGACGACGAGACGUUGGAAUUUAUCGGCAUCGAACCCACCUUUGCCCCAGUCGCUGAGCCAUCAGUCAAAGUCUGGCUGAUUGUGUUUGGUGUCGUCAUGGGCUUGGUUAUUGUCGCUUUGAUUGUGAAUAUCAUCACCGGUUACCGGGACAGAAAGAAGAAAGCACGAGAGUCUGAAGGGGGCGGUGAAGAAAAUGAAGACAAAACUCUCAAAGGCAUUGAGAAUGGGAUUUACUGUAAUUCACUAGUUGAGACUCAAGGCCGGAAAAAUGAAGCCUUCUGUCAGGAUGAUGACAAAUUAACCAAAUUAUAAGAGACAACUCUUAUUAAAGUCAGUGUAAAGUAUCUACGCAGGCUAUUCCUGCCUCACUCAUCAUCACAGGAAAUUAGCCUUACUUGUAAGAGUUCUGAUUAAUAAAUACAAAUCAGCUCGGUUUUAAUUUUUUUUCCUUUCCUGAUAAUUUAUGCUAGCUUGUUUUGGGUUAAAUGGACUGCAGAAUGAUCAAAAGAUCAAAUAGGCCCCAUCGCAGCAACUUUGGAGUCAUUGCAUUGGAUGUGACAGUAUGAUGCCUGUGUUCACCACCUUUUGAAGUGUCGGUUGUUGUAUGGGGAGAUGCUGCUGUAGUGAGUGAGGACAUCACUGUAACAUUGUAAGGAUGGACUGAAUGAUAAAAUACUGCUCAAAUGAGGAAAGACUUCCACCUCUCUAUGACUGCCCUUAUCUAUUUAAGAUAUUAUAUAUAGAAACAUGGUUUCACUACAGGACCAAAUAACUUACAAGUUUGUGAAAACUCAUCAUUGUAAUCAUUAAUAAACCAUACGCAAAAAUUUACCUUCCCUAA